GAAAAGGGAAGACGAGAGAAGUUUAAAAAUAUUUGGACAAGGAAGUGUUGUAAUGUGGAAGGUGAUGGAGGCGUUAGCACAAAAAAGAAAUGCAUCGAAGAAGGCAGCUGCAACUUUCGAGGCAGAAGAGUAAUCGAGUUAGACGUGCUGGCCAGAGCCCUGGAUAGUGGUUGCCGAGCGUGUGGAAAAGCACUUCAGCUAUCAAACUGCCAUGAUGAGACUAUCUCUGGGUUGGGUAGUUUUUUGUAUAUUAUGUGCAGCGAUCCGGAAUAUGGAGAGGUAAAUGCGUGAACCACAAACAUCGCAUCGUGCUGCCGGUGCUGGUCGCGGCCGACCAAUUUUUCAUAAAAACACCAAACUUGCCACAGGUAGGUAUAUUUAUUUGAUUAGCAGCUUUUAUCCGAACAUUUUUCCGAGCUUCAUCAUAAUUUAACAAUCAUAAUGCCGUGUAAUAACUAACUUUUAAAUGUACAUGUACUGUGUUUAUGUGCAGGAAUGUUACACGCCGGUAUGUAAACGCACUGCUCACGUUGAUAAACCUUCCAGCCAUGGGACAAAACACUCUGAAGGCCAGAGAAAGAGAAGUUUGCGCAGCGAUUGAGAAUGUUGCAAGGAAUUCAUGUUUAGAAGGGUUACAGUUGGAGAAAGAUUGUCGGAGGACCGUGGACACAGAGCAAGUUGUAAAAAUCGGGGUAUCGUACGACAUGAGUACGCAGAAGAGGGGAAAGGGCCACAAUAGUUUGACAGGUUAGUUCUAUAAUAUACAUAAAGCUAUGAAAUAAUGGAGGCAUUUUUGCUUUGCUUGCAUGGCAUCCAUAUCAGUAACAAAUGUCUGUUUAUCCAUUUUAAAAUACAAUAUUUAACAAAUUCACAACGAUUUUUUCUUUUGCUAUAAUAACAAUAAUAACAAGAUAAUGAAAUAGCAGCUCUAGAAGUUAAAAUCAAUUAUUAUUUUUACCCUAGACGACAAAAUUUCCAUCCAACAGCAGUCAGGCAAUUUAACAUUUGAUUUCCUUUAACAAUAAUAUUAUUAAAACCGAAUAAUGGAAGCAGGGUGCUUGUUCAAAUCAUCCUCAAAGACAGUGAAUGAGCUAAAUAAAAUACUAGCAUUACUAAUCGACAACAAUGAGUCAUUCAUUUAAUUUAUAGAGGUAUUGACUUUUUGACUAAAGUAAAUAAAACGAGACUAUUUUUUUUUUUCCUAGGAGAAGGGUCUAUGAUUGGGCUAUCUUCAGGCAAGGUGGUGGGCUAG